GUGUGUGUGUGUGUGUGUGUGUGUGUGUGUGAGAGAGAGAGACUUAGUGAGUAAGUGAGAGUGUGUGUAUUACGUCGCCACGCACGGACCGUGAGGUUGUUGUUCAGUCGAAUAGCGCGUGGAUUACUGAGUUCUGAAUUAAACGGAAGACACAGCUGUACCUGACGCGUCUACACAAACAUAGAGAGUAUUUUUCUUGCCUGACGUUCAUCUUAACCAUGGCUGCGUUAAUGAUUAGAUUACACGAAGCAGUGACUUUGCGAAAGUUUUGACUUCUCUACCAUCACUUAUUUGUGGCUCUCCCGGCGGAUCCUUCGAGACUCGUUCGAGCGGAAUCGGGAAUUACGGAAUCUCAUGUCAACUUUGUAAAUGAAGAUUAAAAACAUCGGCACUCGCUUCUUCCAUCUGCCAAACAUCGCACAUGGGGGGAGGAAAAGAGACUAAGAAGUGAAGAAUAGACUCGAGCCACGCAAUAUUGACUAAUGUUCUGAGAGGAAAUAAUGGGGCUGAACGUGACACAGAGGAGCUUCCUGGGCCCCUGAGACGUGACAUCGGGCUGGGCGUCUCAUUUCCCGUGCCCUUGCUGGCCCAGACAAGCCCAAACAAGCUGCCCUCUGAAUGACUACUGACCAUACCAUACCGUCACCAUGAACAAAUACUCCCAGUACUUCAACAAUAGCCUCAUAAGGGCCCACUAUAUCUUUGCCAAGAACAUGAGCCAGAAGGAUUUAGACGAUCGCAAUAAACCUAGCCUGAGCAGCCUGAACAUUUUAUUUGUUAUAAUCUGCAGUAUCAUCAUCUUGGAAAACCUCCUAGUGCUCAUUUCCGUGUUUCGUAAUAAGAAGUUCCACUCUGCCAUGUUCUUCUUCAUCGGAAACCUGGCCUUCUCGGACCUACUGGCUGGCUCCGCUUAUAUUGCCAACAUCUUCCUGUCAGGCCCUAGGACAUUUAAGUUGGUGCCUGUCCAGUGGUUCAUACGAGAAGGGACUGCUUUCAUCGCACUGGCUGCCUCCGUUUUCAGCCUGCUGGCCAUCGCCAUAGAGCGCUACAUCGCCAUCACCAAGGUCAAAGUUUAUGGCUCCAACAAAACUUGCCGCAUGUUCCUUCUGAUUGGAACGUGCUGGGUGAUGUCCAUCCUUCUGGGAGGUCUGCCUAUUAUCGGCUGGAACUGUAUUGAUAACCUGGAUGAUUGCUCCGCUGUCCUUCCUCUCAACUCCCGAUAUUACAUCCUGUUUGUCGUCACCAUCUUUACCGUCAUCUUGCUGUCCAUUGUGAUCCUUUAUGUUCGCAUCUACCUAAUUGUGCGCACCAGCCACCAAGAGGCCACCAAUUCUCCAGCUUACGCUCUCCUGAAGACUGUUACGAUUGUGCUGGGCGUCUUCAUCGUCUGUUGGCUGCCCGCCUUCACUAUCCUGCUCUUGGACACUUCCUGUAAGAUAGAGCAGUGUCCUAUCCUCAACAAUGCUGCCGUCUUCUUUAGCUUCGCCACACUGAAUUCGGCACUGAACCCGCUGAUCUACACGUUGAGGAGCAAGGACAUGAGGAAGGAGUUCCUCAGGGUGCUUUGCUGCUGGGGGCUGCUCAAUUGUGGCCGGCCUCCUCACCGCUGCAUGGUGCCACUCAAGAGCUCGAGUUCAAUGGAGCACUGCACCAACAAACACGAAAAUCAGUCAAUUCCCAUCAUGCAGGACUGCACUACCUGUGUUUGAUUUCGUCUCCUCAGGUGGUUGAAGAUAAGGAGAGACCCUAUCUUGGAGGAACAGAAGAUGGAAGUGUUCAGAGAGCUCAUGGAUGAAACAAGAAUCGCAAUCAAUGUCUUUGGACUCUCGGACAUUUAGAGUAGAUGUCUGUGCUGGAGUUCUAAUGUAGAGUGGAACUAUGCUACCAGAACUCCCAUGUGUCCUUUGUUGCUUCUGUCCUUGCAAAAAAAAGUUAGCAGAAUAAGACUGUACCACGUAUUUGGCAUUUUAAGGCAAAUGAAACAAAGCCAAAUUCAAAUGGGAAUAUGCGUUUAUAAAUGAAAAAUCAAAGUUGCACUUUGUAGACUUCUAGGCAGCUUGGGAUUGCAUGUUUCUCAUAUGCUGACCAAGCUACCAGAAGUCACAUACAAGUUGUAUCCUAGAUUCGAGAGGACAGAUGAAAUAUAAGGAUCGACGAUGCACUCCAUGUGAACCAAACUACCAUGCAUGCUUGCAGAACCGUAUUUAUCGAAUUACUUGAUAUACAUAACACCCUUUGAUUACCGUUUGACAAUAAAAGUAUUCCGCUUCAUUGUAUUGCAUGAAAGUCUAACCUGUGUAAAACUAAUUUGUAUGGCAAGCUUAUGUACAAUUGUCAAUGUUACUCCUCUUGUCCAUCUUAACUCACUGUCCCUUACUAUUUUUUUUUUUUUAACAUUCCUAAUUUUUCCUAAGAGGAAAGCACAAUCAGAAUGUGAUUACUGAAUUCCUGAUAUGAGUUUCUCUCGAUGUAGACGCUGGUUGUGUUGGCAUGACAAUGCCGUAGCGUCGCUGCGGCAGCGUGUGCUUCGUUUCGUGCCCUCUUGACGAAUGGAACUGAAUAUAAGAAUGAAGUGUUACGAGCGAAGGUUUUCGCUGAUCGACAGUAUUACCGAACAUCAUUGUUCUCCUGUUGAUUAUUGAGCUUGCAGCAACAAGAACGGGCACUCACUGUGAAGUCUAAAAGACAUUUAAAGUUCAUUGAAAUCAAUACGUCAUUGAUAAGAAAGGAAACUCUUGAGAUUAGGACACAACCUAGCAUCCCUUUCUCUCUUUUGAAGGCAUACAUGCUGUCUUUUAAUAGGUCACAAGUCUUCAGAAGAAACUUUAAACUUCCUGCAACCACAGGAAGUCCGGUGUUUUCCUGUUGUUAUGGACUGACCUUGAUGUUGUCAUACGUUAAUGUCAUCAGUCCAACACUUUCACUCGCACAAUCGUUCGCCGUUUAAUCCCAGCAUGUUUUAGUUUCCUCUGCUGAUCGCCUUAGUUCAUCAGAGAAAGCACUUUGGCAGCUCUUCCAAUACCGCCCUAUUGUAUUUUGUUUUUCUUCCUUUCUUUUUUUUUAAUGCAUGAAGAGUUUAAGCCUGUGUGAGCAUCCCUAUUACUCCGUUCAAUGUAAAACAUUGCCUACCCUGUGGAACAAUGUUUGUUUUAUAUGAUAAAUAUAUGAAAGUAUGUAUGUAUGUAUCUGUGUACAGUAUGUAUUGCGUAUACGUAUAGAAUGUCUCGUGUGCAAUAGCCUUGUGUUUUAGUAGCAAGCUACCUGUGCUAAAUCGGUACAAUCCCAAACACUAAUGCAGGUACAUACACAUUAGUUCAUUCCUUUUUUUAAUAAAAAGAAAUUAAAUACAAAAAAAAAAAAAAAA